AUGUCGAUCCAUACUGCUGUGCAAAUAAUUCGUUCUUUUCAUACAGAUGGGAUCAAGUAUUAUGAUCCUUCCCUCUACCGUCUUCGUGGGGAGUGGAAGGUAAUCAAUUGCGACGUCUAUAAUUGGGCUUCUGUAUCUUUUGUAUUUUCACCGGUCAAUAAAAGCGAAAAACCUAUCAAGUUUCAUCUGCCAACUAAGAAGAUAAAAUUGGUUUCGAAGAAUGUCUAUAAUGUAACACCCUUGGCAUAUAAAGAUAGCGGGCAGUACAUAUGCAAUAUCUGUGUUUUGAAUACGACUCGUUACACAGCCGGGAAGAUCACAAGACAUAAUCUCUUUGUACUGGAAGAAGGUAAAACUUACAUGGAUUGUUAAAGUGCUUAUGUAACGAAAUUUUACACCAUUUUAAGAUUGCGUUGUAAAGAAAAUUCAAAAUGACCAGUCAGAUACUUCGCCAAACUAUUUAAGCUUAUUUCUUUCAUCCUGUAAAUGGCUGUUUCUAAAACUUUCACCUUUGUUGUUCAUAAUUUAUUUCUUGUUUUUAUUUUUCAAGGAUAUAUACAAAAGGAUAUAACGUAGCAAAGUUAAUCAAAUUAACCUUUUGUAUAUAUCGUUGAAAAAAAAAAAGAAAUAAAUUACUUAUUUCUUUCUUCAGAUAUUAACAAUGUUUGAUAUGCAAAUUAUCCUUACCGUGACGUCAACUAGAAUAAAGAAUUUUUGGAAAAAACUUGUGUAACUUUUAUAAAUAGCUGAUUCAAAUUUGUCGACAUGUAAUACAUAUUUUGAGUAUGUUAACAUAAUACGUAUGAAAGAUUUUAUGAUUUCGACUGUACGAUAUCCCAAGAUCUUGAAAAUUUUUUUCAAAAAGUCAUUAUGCAAUGUGACGUCAUGAAGAUAAUUUGCAUGUCAAAAAUUGUUAAAUAUCUCAAGAACAAAACAAGUUAAGAAAGCAGUGGCGUAGCCAGGGUUUACAAAGUGGGAGGGGGACAAUUUGAGCGCCGUAGGCGCAAACAAUCUAGGGGGUAUGGGGAAAUGCUACCCCGGGAAAAUUUUGAAAUUCAGAGCCUGAAACGCCAUUUCGUGCAUUUUAGGGUGAGAUUUUACAAAAUUCAGAAGACUAUAUAUAGCAUCAUAAAAUACACAAAAAAUAGUACAUUUUUGACUUUGAACUAUUUAAUUUUAAAGUGAGAUUUUACAGGAAUCAGAAGAUUAUAACAUUAUAUAAAAUGCACAAAAAAUGAGAGUUUGGCAAAAUAUCUUAUUUGGUCAUUUUUAAUUUCCUUCACAAUGCAAUCAUAAAAAUGGCGUGCAAUUCCGUUGCAUCACCACCAUAAACUCCGUACAAACGAGCACGUUUUCCAUGAUAAAUUUUCCUUUGAUAAGUUUUGCUUGUUGGUAAGCAAGGCAACAAUUGAUAAUUUUUCCGUUGACAAGAAACCAAAAAGCCUCGUCCAAAAGCUUGUCAGGUCAGCUUUUCAACAAGGAAUAUUGUUCGUGCAUGAGUACGGCCGUCAAAGAAAACUUGACAAGUAGUUAAUUUAGCAGUACAUCACCCAUUGCCAUUCAAAUGUCGUUUAAGUUGAAAUUUGUUUUUAAUUUGAAGUGUGGUAUCGAAGACAGUUUCAGCCGCAAUAAGUACUAAAACGACCCGAAAAUUGCUCCGGUUGUGACGGUAGAAAGAAAAUAUAGAAAAUAAUUUUACUCCGGUUGUGACGUUACGCAUAUCCGACGAUGGAUACGCAUUUCCAAGACGGGGUAAUACAUAACAAUUUCGUUUGAAAUGAAGGUAAUACCUUUUAUACCAUAAACGACAAAGAAAAUCUGUAAUAAGAUUCUGAAAUUUACUAAAUCACUCUUUCAAACGGAAGAAACUUAAUGUUUAUUGCUAUUUCCCUUUAAAGACGUUUUCAUUUUGGGGGGUGUUUUAUGCUUUAUCUUGAGUCUUCUUCGCAGAAAAUUGUGUUUCUAUUAUUCACUAACCUGAUCAAAUGCGGCACUGCAACUUGCAACAAGUCUCACGCGCAUGUUAAAAGCAUGCGCAAGACAAUAUGUUAUAUAUAUAUACAUUCUAUAACAUGCACUGAAAUCAGAUUUUGUUGUAAGGUGUAGCAAUUAUGUUCAUGCUUAUAUUUCCGCUCCUUAUGUAACGUUAAUAUUCUUGUUAUUUAGGAAAAGCUUAUAGGGAAGCCGAAAUUCAGAAGAGGCCAAAUAAAGCAUACUACGAUAUUGGAAGCAAUGUUAACCUAACAUGCGAAGCAGAAAAGGGUACCAAUUUAUAUAAAAUUAUUUGGUACAAACUUGAUUCACAAGGAAAUCUGAUAGAACUGAAAUCUGCACUCAAUGGACCUGGAAUCCUAACUCUAACGUUGAAUAAUGUGUCCACGAAAGACUCGGGGAGAUACAAGUGUGAAGUAUUUCGUCCUCAAGUUAAUUAUUACAACUCGCGGUUUGUCAGUAUAAAUGUGAAAGGUGGGCCUUUUAACCCCAUGUUACAAACUAUCGUUAUAGAAGUUAUUUUUUCUUUUUCCUUGUUUUAAACAUUUGUCAUGCCUUUCCUCACAGGCCGCCAUUAAUUCUUUUGGCAUAUUUUAGCAUGCUUGCCUUUAUGCAUGUAAAUUAUUUUAAAACAUUUUAGUCUUUACAGUCAAAUAAACUAAAUUUACCUUGUAAAAGAAUACAGUACAGUUAAAUAAAAAAGUUGGCUAUUUGAAUGUGAUAUUUGAUUUGAUCGCGGUCGGGCGAUGUUCAAUAUUGUUAAGUCGAGAAAUAAUUCGUGAGACGUAUAAUUCCCUGCCUCGGCUCUGCUAACCCAGUGUUAUACGAUAUUAAAUGUGUUAUGGAAUAUUCUUGAAUUCUUACCGAUGAAUAGCCAUCAGGUAAGUAAAUUUUGUAAGUUGGGUUUAAACAAGCGUUAGCCGAAUUUGUCUAUAUCAACACGCUUCAUACUUCAAGAAGCCGCCUAUUAAACAAGGUGUGAAAACUAUAUAAUACUGUACUAGAGUCAUAUACUGUAACCGUCUCAUUGCCAAAUUCUAGAAAUAUCGAUCUAUACUGCAGUGCAAACAAUUCCUUCUUUUAAUACAGAUGCGGUCAAGUAUUAUGAUCCUGUCAUCACCCGCCUUCCUGGGGAGUGGAAGGUGAUCAAUUGUGGGGCAGAUUGGACUGAUGCAAUUCUAGAGUUUACACCCAUUGAUGCAAACGCUACCACUUCAUCUUAUCGUCGUUACGUUGACAAUGAAAAGAUAAAACGGGUUUCCAAGAAUGCCUUUAAUAUAACACGGUUGACAUAUAAUGAUAGCGGGGACUACUUGUGUGCUACCACGGUUAUGAACGGUACUGAAAGAAUACCCUGGGAGAUGAAAAGAUAUAAUCUCAUUGUAUUGAAUGAAGGUAAAACUUGCAUGCAUACUAUGGAUCGUUCACAGUUCUUUUAACUCUUUUCGAAUUUCGCAAUAUUCUUGUAAUAAUAGUAGAGUCAUUUUAAUCACCUGUAUAUAGUGUUGUGUCUGCCUAAUUAUCAUUAGGGAGUUUAAGAUCUUGACGACGAACUAACGACUACGUUUGAAAUAGUUUUUGUUAUAUGUGUGCAGAUACUAAAUGCUUUUCAUAACAAAUGUAUCCCAAAUAUGUUUCAUGUGCAUGGUUUUGUGUUCUGUAAGUUUCAUAAUUUCUUUAUAAAGAUUCUCUCCAACCUGUGACGUUGCGUAGUCAGUUUCGGUGUUAUGUUCUUGAUUCUGUUUUACAACACAAGAAUAUGUGAUUUUUACGCUGCAGCCAAGGUCGCUACGGUGAAAAGUAUGCUCUGGGGAUAUGUCAAUUUUGUUUGCCUCAGUUAAACAAUGCAAAAACAAACUUUCAACCGUAUUCCGUACCCGUUGUUCGUUGUCGGCAUCUUAAACUCUCUAAUAUCAUUAUUCAGUACCGUCGGAAGCAAAUUGUCACAACCGAAACAGGUGGGAAAAUUGUCUUGGGUAUCCUUACAUAUCUCGGGCGCAUUCUUCUUGCGAGACAGAGAAACUUAGUAGUUAGAUUUCUUACGACUGUUAUUUCGAAUCGUAAUCUUUGUAUUCUUUUCAGACACCAUUUUUGUUCGUUCAAUAUUCACUGUUUUGAAGAAAAUUUGAAAGCAUUUUCAUAUUAGUGUUAAAUUUUUGGCUUUAGAAAAAUUUGGAAGUGUUGGUAUUUUUGGUUUGAAUUUCACAUUUUAUUAAAGCUAUCAGGCGACAUUUUAAACGCAUUAUUUUGCUCUGUUUUGUUUUGCACUGAAUAAUCGAUAUUAAUAGUUCACAUUGUAAAUAUUUGUAGCAAUAGAGGAACAUUUUGUGGUGAUUUGUGGUCCCAAAAAACAGCAAUAUUUGUCUUUCGACGGUUUCAAAUAAAUGAUACACUCUACACAAGUUCAGAAUGUCAUGAUAGUUGGUUGAUAAUGAUAUUGUAAUAUCCAUAGGAUCGAAAUAUAACCAUUUAAAUUUUCAUCCAUGCCCAAUUAAAAUUAUGUACAUUUUUGUUUUUUAGCAAAUUGAUUUUAUUUAUUAACAUGUUGAGAUGCGGCAAUAAACAAAUUUGAUUUCGAUGCGCGUUAUUUUAAAAAUUUUCACGAACAUAUUAAAAACAUGUGAAGACAACAUGUGUAUACAUUCCAACAUAUAUGGGCCGAAAUAAGAUUUUAGCUGAUUUUGUUGCAAGCUGUACUAAUGUGGUGUUCUUGUUUAGGAAAAGCUUUCAUGAAAGCUAAAAUUCAGAAGAAGCCAAAUGAAGCACACUACGAUAAUGGAAGCAGUGUUAACCUAACCUGCGAAGCUGGAAAAAAUACCAAUUUAUAUAAAAUUAUUUGGUACAAACUUGAUUCGCAAGGAAAAUCGAUAAAAAAAAAAUCUGCACUCAAUGGACCUGGUAUCCUAACUCUGACGCUGAAUUCAUUAUCUGCGAAAGACUCAGGGAGCUACAAGUGUGAAGUAUUUCGUCCUCAAGUUAACUAUUACAACUCUGAGUUUGCCAGAAUCAAUGUUCAAG